AUGGAGGCCAGCGGCAAGAAGCUCCGGCCGUUCCUCCUCACCCUGCUGCUGGUGCUCUCCACCGUCGUGACGCCCAUCCUCUCGCUGCCAGAGCCAGACAACGAGGUAGACUGCGACUGCGACAAGCCCAAGGCGCCCAAGCCGUCGCACUCGCACCCGCCCAAGACCAAGCCCUCCCACCCGUCGCCGUCGCCGAAGCCCAAGAACCCCAAGCCACCCAAGGGCCCCGCGUACCCGGCGCCGGGGCACCAACCGCCCAAGAGCCCCUCCUACCCGCCGGUCGUCGGCCCGCCCAAGGGCCCCGUCACGCGCCCGCCGGUCGUAGGCCCACCCGUCACGCGCCCGCCGGUCAUCGGCCCACCGGUCACGCGUCCGCCGGUCAUCGGCCCACCGGUCACGCGUCCGCCGGUCGUGGGACCACCGGUGACCUACCCGCCGAUCACCGGCCCUCCGACGACGCCACCGGUCGUCGGCCCACCGGUGACCUACCCGCCGAUCACCGGCCCUCCGUCGACGACGCCUCCGAUCACCGGCCCGCCCUCGACGACGCCCCCAGUCACCGGCCCGCCCGUGACCUACCCGCCCGGCGGAGGCGGGGGCAGCUCGACGCCGUGCCCGCCGCCACCGCCGUCGACCCCGACCCCGAUGCCGUCGUCGCCGACGUGCCCGGCGGACUCGCUGAAGCUGGGCGCGUGCGUGGACCUGCUGGGCGGGCUGGUGCACAUCGGCCUGGGCGACCCCGUGGUGAACAAAUGCUGCCCGGUGCUGGAGGGGCUGGCUGGUGGAGCUGGAGGCGGCCGUGUGCCUGUGCACCACCAUCAAGCUCAAGCUCCUCAACAUCAACCUCUACCUGCCCCUGGCGCUCCAGCUCCUCCUCACCUGCGGCAAGACGCCGCCGCCGGGCUACACCUGCACCGUCUGAAGCUCCUCUCUCAACAUUGA